AUGUUGAGCUUCUUUUUUGUAACCUUUAUAUAUUCCGGACUAAAUAAUCAAAUCAAAUUGGCAAUGGAAUGCGAAAACUAUUUCGCCGAUGAAUUUAAACCCGACAAGUCUUUGCCCUGUUUCGACUGCAGUAUCUGCCUCGACUUCGCUAAAGAUCCGGUGGUCACUCUAUGCGGCCACCUCUAUUGCUGGCCGUGUAUCUACAAAUGGUUAUCUUUCCCCACCGAUUCCGGCGCUAAUCCGCCAUGCCCCGUCUGCAAAUCCGAAAUAUCCCACACCUCCGUCGUCCCUCUUUACGGCCGCGGUAAAACAUUUUCCGACAACGAACCUGGCGGCAAGACUACAAACACCACCGCCGUUAUCCCGCCUCGGCCACACGCCGCCCUCUUAUCCCCGCCCAGUUCCGGCCGUCAACCACCGUACGGAAGCUUCAGUGACGGCGUCGAUGGUUACAAUCCGAAUGUAUGGAUGUACGGAGAAAUGAUUUACUCUAGGGUGUUUGGGAACUCGCAAAGUUUGUAUACGUUUCCGAAUUCGUAUCAUCUGGCUGGGAGUAGUAGCCCUAGGUUACGAAGGCGAGAGUUGCAGUCCAGGGGCAUGUUGGGGAUGAGGUCGUUUGAUAGUUGGUUGCCCUGA